CCAAGAUCCAGUGCCCAAAUGACUUGCUGGCGACAUUCAAGUACACCAUUACGACAGGGGCCACCACUAACUGCGCAUCCGGUUCCUCGGCUACGGUGUGUUCGGACACAUCCAAGAUGGACUUCGAUCUCACAACGUGUUCCACGAUCGUGGGCUACUCCACCGUGGGCGAGUUGUACUGUGUACACUCCAGCAGCAACUCGGCGGGUACCAUCGACUACGUGGUCCUCUACAACACAGACGUCACCAUCAGCGAACCCACCACUUACAGAUUCACGUGCAUGGCAUAUAAGAAGUCUGGAUCUACAGUGCAACUAACUCAGUCGCCGAAGAAGUGCCAGGCCAGCCAGAGCAUCACAGCUAUCUCCAGUCCGGGCUCUGUCCUCGUCUUCACACCCUCGGUAACAUGCGUGCCUACAACGACCACACCGACUUCGAAAGCCAGUGUUGGGGCUAUGGCGGCGGGAAUCUCCUUUGCGGUCAUCGUUUUGAUAAUACUUAUCGUAGUGUUUUGCGUGUUUUUUCUCGGAAGAGAUCGUGCGAAGCGUUUCAAGUGUAAAUGUGGGAGGCCAACACGUGGAGGCUGUCUCAACUGUGUCAACAGUUUCUUACGAGGCCUGCAAGUGUGUGGCACCAGGUCUUGCGUGUUUCUCGGACGUACUAAGAUUUGCUGUCUGAGGUUCUGGAAGGCGUGCUGCGACUGUCAAACCGGAAAGGUGGAUCCUGGGGCGGAGGCAUCUGCGAGCGCGUCCGGCGAACUGUCCCAGAAACACGACGAAACGGUCGUGGUGCAAGUCGAUGACAACAAGAUCGGAGUUCCGUUUGACAGAGAUUUGAUCAGCCCCAGCAACCUCAUCAUCCAGGAAACUGACGGAGAGACCUCAGUCCCCCGCCGUCUGCCUCCCAUCGAAUCUCCUAGGAAAGUCGACGAGGUCGACAGUGCAGAGGACGCGACGUCACAACAUCACUCAUCAAAACUCCCGCCAAUUUCCGAAACCGACAACUGUGCAGCGAGUGAGGAACAGACGGAAGGGGGACAACCGGAAGAAAAGGAGGCUCCAGAAACGAUGGAUAAUUCUCCGUAUGGUGGGAAAACCGCUCCGGAAUCGAUUGAUCCAGUAACGCCCAGAAUAACCGAGUGAAAUGAUGAGUGAAUAAGUUCGGAUAUAUUGUGCAUACGACUAAGUAAAUAAUAUAAUACAAAAUACUGAUUCGGUGCGUUAAUCGGUAUUGACAUAUUCUGUAGUCUAUACAGCUGUGUAUAAACGUGUACACCUGUUGUAUUGUAACGACUGAAUCAGUUUCAAUACAUUAUGCAUGGAAAUGUGUAUAAAAGACAAUACAUAUAUUUCAUUAUCAACUAAUGUAAGGAUUGAAUAGACUUAAAUAUAGUGUGUAGAGUAACCUAACUGUACCGUAUGUAAAUUAAUGUAAACAUUGGAAUACAAAACAGGUUUAACAACUGAAUCAGAAUUCAGUUUAUUGUGCAUACAACUUUGUAUAAUUAUUGUAAAGAUUUGUCACAUAUGUUAUAUUUAAUUGUGUAGUAUUAUAGAAUAUAAGCCAAUCAUUAAAAAUUGAAUAGGAUUAAGUAUAUUGUGCGUGUAAUCAUUUGACCAACUAAUGACGUAAUCUUGAGAAGCUACGUAAUAGCUCCGUGCAUUAACCUGUUUUAGGGGCGGGGCGUAGCCUCAGUGGUAAAGUGCUCGCUUGAU